AUGAACGACAGUGUUUAAGCAAUUUAAGAAAGCUAUACUAGAAUUAAGUUAUUAAGUAAUGAUGUUUAGAUUAAAGACUAAACAAUUAAUAUACUGUAAGAAAGAUUACAAGAAUUAGAAGAAUAAUUAAGUUAAGCAAUUAAAUAAAAAGAGUAUGGUGAUCGAUAAUUUGCAAUACUUUAAGAAGAACAUGAUUAAAUGUUUGAUAAUUAAUAGAAAAAAACAAAGUAAUUGCAAUAAUUUAAUUAAUAAUUGUUGGUUGCAUUGAAGGAAGUAUAAGAUAAGAAUUAAGAGCUUUUGGAAAAAGUGAAAUUUUAAAGUUAGGAAAUAUAAUCAAAGUAAAUGGCUUAAUAAGAAGUAACUGAAUAGAUUUAAUUAAUAAAAGAUGCAGUAAAAGGAUUAGAAGAAGAAUUAUAAUAAUUAACAAAGAAAAAUUCAAUUUUAAAAAAAGAAAAAUAAGAAGCAGAAUAAUAAUUGAAAUAAGUAUCAAAUGAAAAAAAUAAGUUUGAAAAUAGUAUAAUGAAUAUGCUAAAACAAUUGGAAACAGAAAAUGAUUUAUUAAAAUAAGAAUUAGAGGAUUAUAGAUAGAGAUUAGAAUAAUAACAUUAGGAAUUAGUUGAAUUGAAAUAUAUGAAAAUAUAAUUUGAAGAUUUAGAAAAGAAAAAUUAGUCAUUAAAUGAAUAAUUUAAUAUUUAAGUUCAGACUGCUAUGGAAUGUGAGAAGAAUUAAGCUUUAUAAUUUGAUGAAAUGAAUAGAGCAAAUGAAAAACUAAGAAAAGAAUGUGAAAGUUUAAAUGAUCAUUAUAAAUAAUAAAAAGAGUACUCAAAUUAAUUGGAUUAAUAAAAUAAAGAAUUUUCUAAACUAUUUAACUAUAUCUAAUAAUAAAUUGAUGAAACUAUUGCAGAAUGUUUGGUUGUUAAAAAAAAAUCGAAUGUUUAUGAAAGAUUAUAUGAAGGAAGAAAGUCAUCUUCUGCCUCUAGUCGUAAAUCAGUUCCUAAAAAAAAGAAAAAGUAUAGUUACAAUUAAAUAUAAAUUGAAGAAUUCUUUAUUGAUAUUAAAGAAAUUAUUCAAAGUUUAAUAUCUACUAAUACUUAACUAAAAGAUGAAAAUGAAUAGGUUUGUAAAAAUAUAUAAGAAAUGCAUAAAGUAGGUGAAUAGCUUAGAUAUAAAAUAGAAUAAUUGAAUUCUGAACACAUUAAAGCAAAAGAUUAAUUAUAGCUAGAACAUUAAAUUAUAAUAGAAUAAUAGGAAGAUAAAAUCAAUCAAUUAUAGGAUGCACUUUAACAAUAAAAUCUAAAAGCUUAAAAAGAUAAUUAAUAUAUAAAUCAACUUAUGGAAUAAUUUCAUCAAUAUGAUUAAUAAAUUUUAGAAAAAGAAAAAUUGAACUAGUAAUUUUUACAAUAAAAAUAAGAUUUAGCAUAGGAAUUUGAAGAACUAAAUAAUUAAUAUUAAUAACUUCAAUUAGAAUUUGAAGAGCUGCUUUUGAGAAAGGCAAUUUCUUAAAAUAAAGUAGCUUUAAGCUAUAGUUUAUUAUCUCAUAUACUGAAAAAUAAGAAAAACUAAUUUUUAUUCUCACAAUUUAUUUAAUAUUCUAAUUAUCUUCACUAUUUUAUAAUGCUUAGAAAUGAAUUCAAGGCAAGAAAUCACAAUGUUUAUAUAAGAUUUAGAAAAGUAACUUAUGCAAUCAUUUUUAUCAAAAAACUUAAAAAAGCCUUAUAUAUUAAAGAUGAAGUAGUAAGUCUAGAAUUUGAAGAUAAUGAAGUUAUUGAUUAAACCUUUGAAAAAUUCAUACCAAUAUUUCAUGAAAUAGAAGAGGGAAAAUAAAUAGAUUUCAAUAUAGUUAACAAAAUGAUAAAAGAAUUGAAAUUCUAAAUAAAUAAAUAUGAUGUGAAAUAUCAAGGAAGAUCUAUCAAUUCGUAAAAUUACUAUCAGAUUUUAAAUUUUGCGAAGGAAGAUAUAAUAAGAAAAAAUUCUGUUGGAAGUUAAAUUGAUUAUUAUAAAUAAUAAUUAAGUUCCUUAUAAACUAGAGUGUAUUAAUUGGAUGAAUAUGUGCAAUAAUUAGAAUAAGAAUUAUCAGAAAAAGUUAAUAUUUCAACAACUCAAUAAUAAUAAAUUUAUUUACAGUAAUCUGAUGAAUAAUCAAUCAAUAAAUUUAGAACUGAUUCAUCUCCGCCUUAGAAAAACAAUCUAUCAGUAUCCCUUCAAAAUGAAUUGAUGUCAAUUUUAAGUAAGAAAUCAUCAGCAAAUUUAUCAAAAGCUGGUUAAAUAGUUAAAUAAGGAUUUUGA